AUGGGUAGAGUAAAGCUAAAGAUAAAGAGGUUGGAGAACACCAAUGGCCGCCAAGCAACAUAUGCGAAAAGGAAGAAUGGAAUUAUGAAAAAAGCUACUGAGUUAUCCAUAUUGUGCGAUAUAGAUAUUAUACUUCUCAUGUUCUCGCCAAAUGGAAAACCUUCACUUUGCAUUGGGAGGCGCAGUAACUUAGAGGAGGUUAUUGCAAAGUUUGCUCAAGUAACUCCACAGGAAAGGGCAAAAAGGAAGUUGGAGAGUCUUGAGGCACUGAAGAAAACAUUCAAGAAGUUAGAUCAUGAUGUAAAUAUACAAGAAUUUCUGGGUACAAGUAGUCAAACUAUUGAGGACUUGGGUAAUCAAGCCAGGCUAUUGCAGACUCAAAUUUCUGAAAUUAAUAAGAGAUUAAGUCAUUGGACUGAGUUUGAUAAAAUAAGCAGUGUGGAACAACUGGGACAGAUGGAAAAUUCACUUAGGGAGUCACUUAAUCAAAUUCGAACUCGUAAGGAAAAUAUACAUAAGCAGCAACUUGUGCCAUUGCAGUGCAAUAACCAGUUUAGUGAAAUGAAUAUUCCCUUCAGAAUGAGUGCAGAGCAGCAUCUCCAACCUCUAUCAUGGAUUGCUAAUGGUGACAGCCAAAAUAUAGUUUUACCAGAGGACUCAAACUUGUUUAUCCACAAAGAUGUGGAAGGAUCUGCAAGUUCAUCUUUUGGGAGUUAUGCCAGUUAUCUUGGCUCAAGUAGCAAAACUGAGAUUUCUAACUCUGGCCAAGAAAAUGGUGUCCUUAGUGACAUGAGCAGUACAGCCCCUCUGAGACUACAAUUGAAUGGGCAGUUUCCAUAUCUGCCAUACAAUUUUAAUUUACUGAAUAAUUUGAAGUUCCAACCAUCUGCAGAGAUCAGUCCACAAGAAAACCCAGUAGAUUAUCAUGUCAAUGGAAGUUUUGAAGCCCCUAGUACUGGUUUUGAUUCUAAUCACCAUGGUUGGGCUUCCACAUCAGGGCCUUGUGCUGUUACUAUGUUUGAUGAGCAUUUGUACGCCCAGGCAAGUACCACUAAACUGCAUUUUGGCCUCACAUAG